AUGAACAGUACAACAACCACAACCCCCACAACGCUCUCCUCUUCUUCGGGUACAAGCAGCAAUAAUGGAGCAAAUGCCCAUCAAGUAAACGCUUCUUCAUCCUCUCUUUCCAGCGUAGAUUCCUCACCAGCAUCAUCCACUCCGAGCAGCUCCUCUCAAGCACAUCCUUCUCAAGUAGAGCCAACAAUGUUUCCAAGACAAAUCCCGCAUAACAUGAGCUUUUCAGAUUUGAUGGCAGAGGAAAUGGCUUUAUCAAAUCAGUCCCAUGUAGAUAUAGAAUCAUUGCAAAAAACAAAAGAAAAGUUUGAUUAUAAGAAUUUACGUCCUUCUCACUUUAAGAAGAUUAGAUUGUUAGGACGUGGAGAUGUUGGUAAGGUUUACCUUGUGAAACACAAGGAAACUGGUAGAUACUUUGCCAUGAAGGUCUUGAAAAAAGAAGAAAUGAUUCAACGAAAUAAGGUCAAGAGAGUGCUCACUGAACGUGAAAUUCUUGCUACUACUGAUCACCCCUUCAUCGUCACACUUUACAGCUCUUUCCAAUCAAAAGACAAGUUAUACUUUAUCAUGGAAUAUUGUAGUGGAGGAGAGUUCUUUAGAAUGUUACAAAAGCAGCCAGGAAAGUGCUUGCCAGAGUCAUCCGUAAGAUUCUAUGCAGCAGAAGUACUUUUGGCUUUGGAGUAUUUGCACUUUAUGGGAUUUAUUUAUCGUGAUUUAAAACCAGAAAACAUUUUACUCCAUCAGAGUGGACACAUUCGAUUGACUGACUUUGAUCUCUCGAAACAAACUGUUCAAACAGUCACUCCAAAAAUUGUGAAAGGUUUUUUCUCGUCGGAUAAGAAGAGUAAGCUAGAUACCAAACAAAUUCAACAAUUUAACAGUUUUGUCGGAACAGCUGAGUAUCUCAGCCCUGAAAUUAUUGCUGGAUGUGGACAUACUUCGACAGUUGACUGGUGGACCUUUGGUAUUCUGAUGUAUGAAAUGCUUUUUGGAACAACACCAUUCAAAGGAUCCACUCAAAAAGAUACAUUUAAUCACAUUCUUCACAAUAAGCUUGAAUUUCCAAAGGAUAAACCAAUAUCUAAGGCAUGCAAGGAGUUGAUUAAGAAAUUGUUAGUUUCUGAUCAGGACAAGAGAUUGGGACAUAAGAAUGGUGCUGCAGACAUUAAGGUACAUCCAUUUUUCAAGGGCAUCAAUUGGGCUCUAAUCAGAAACGAAUCACCUCCAAUUGCUCCUCAAGUUACUGACCCAGAGGAUACAUCAAAUUUCAGACCUCUUGUGGAUAGCGACGAAGAGGACGAAGAUGAAGGUACCGCAGAGCAAGAAGAUAAUUCCGAAAACAACCCAUUCAAAAAUUUUGCUUACACUUCUCAAAAGAAACUUUCGUAUGGAGUAGAUAAGCUCGAACCUUCACAGCAAGACAGUCACAAGGAUAACAAAGACGCCAAAGAGAGUGAGGUAAAACAUUAA